GACGCCGUCGCGGGCGGGUGUUGCUAAACCUCCUCUCCGCCGCCGCCGCCGCGCUCGCUUGGAUCUACUCUUCCAACACGGAAAUUUAGCCUUAUAUGGUGCUCAUAUCGCGCGAUUUGUGAUUGGAAAAAAAAAGGUUUUAUUGAAAAAAUAAAUAAAUGAGCGACCGAAAGACUUAAGAGGAUUAAUCUAGUAAUCCGAUCUGGAUUACUCUUGCGGCACUGUGAGUGACCAAAAUGUUACGACCUCCUUGAUAGACAUGGUGUGUGUGUGUGUGUGUGUGUGGAGCCUUGAAGUGAUGGCUAUGGCGUGCACUGUCCACACCGUGUGCUGGCACUAGUGGUGCCACCCUCUCUGCCACCCACUGACAACACCGGCAGGUUUGCCAUUCGUCCAGGUUGUUGGUGGCAGCAUGUGGCGACGCGGCCCAAUUGUGGAUGCACCACCACCUCCACCAGUAGUAGUGACACGUAACCUCGAACACGUGUGUGACGAGGCACGUGCGAGGCAGGUGACGUCCGCCACGUGACCCCAGCACCCGCCCACCAGCGUCAUGACCCUCAUCGUGCCGCGGGGCAAGGACGCCCUCUCCACCACCACCACCACCAAUGAUGGCGCCGAUAGCGGCUGCCUGGCAGGGUCUCCUGGCGAUGCCAAGGAAGACGGGCGUCACCUGAGCGAGGGAUACCUUGCCACGCAGCUCAAACGCCUCUCCCUCCCGGAUAUCGUUGCUUGCAAAAGCGUUGGAGGCAGCGAUACCCAAACGUCAGCCCGCGUCCGCACCGUUAGUUUACAUAAACCAAAUAUGAAACAAGAGAGCGGUCUUUGUGGGAGCGAAUCUGAGCAUAACGGAAGUAGCGAGUGCGAUAGGGAUCGGACAGUGAAUAUCAGUAGUCCUGAGUCAGUGUUACAGUGUGAAGGAACCAUAAGUGAGUGUAGAGUGAGCGUGGACUCUAUUACAAAUUGUGUUGAUGAAUGUGAGAGGGAUGAGGGGCUGGAGGGACCUGCUAUCAUCACUAUCCCUCAGGUUCUUCAAGCAACCCAAAUAAACAUUGAGUGUCAUCAGCCUCAUGUGCCAAGCGAACGCAUUCCUCAGGCAGACCAAACAAACAGCCUGACGGUGCAGGAGGCAGUUUGCUUUGGAGGAGGCAGCAGCAGCAGUUCGACGAGUCCUGACGUCACCGAAACAUUAGACCAAACCCAUCCUCCGGUCUCGGGAAAGUGGAGUGAAAACGGAGCCGUAGAUGGAGGUUGUGUUGGACUUUUGGGACCCUCGGGUAAUGGUGGCGAGGAGAAGAGUGAUGACAACAAUGGGGCAAGUUCAAAAGUUAACGAUGACUUGGGUAAUAACUUAAGCGGCGAGCAUAACUUGAGUGGCACACGAGACCCGACCCGAGGAAGGGAAAGUGGCACAGGUAGUAGUGGUGAAGGUCGUAGUGACACACACCAUGUGAAAAACAAUGUAAUAAUAGGAACUGGCCUGAGUGAUAAAUUUAUUCCGAGUGAAAGUGACUCCGGAGGCCCAGAAACACUUCAUCAGGCAGGGCACGAUGGGCCGCUGAAGGAUAACAAGGAAGAGGAUGAUUUUAGCGCAACGAAGCAGAAAAUAAAUAUUCUUCGGCAAAAUUUUCUUUCGUCUCUGUCUACGGAUGAUGAUGAUGGUUGUGAUUCCCCUGACUUUGUGGUUUUGCCUCACCAUGUAGAUACCAAUUUUCAGAUAGUUGAAGAGUCAGCCCAAGGAGGAAGAAGCACAAGUGAGGAGGGAGUCGUUGAGGCACUAGAGAUCCCAGGCUGCGAGGGCGGUAAUGGGGGUGAUUUGCAGGAGGAAGUAGUGAACAAGAAGGCGGAGGUGUCAGGUGCCGAGGUUGAAGUGCCUGUUGGUGUCACUGUUAUAUCAACAGUGGCGGCGACCCCCACACAUAACGAACCUCACCGCUUCUCUACAUCUGUUCUGGAAACCCCAAACCAUGACGCUACCCUUCAAGACGACAGUCCCGUCGAGACCGUGGGAAAGGUGGGUGUAGAAUCUCGUCUUGUGUCGAGAGACAAUUCCAUGACAAGUUCUGUGGAAGACGAGACUCCGAGGAGUGGUCAGGUCGCUAUACAAGACGCUCAAGUUUCUGCCGGUGUGGCGAUGGAUCUCGCCAGUGGAAACUUAAGGCUUGGCUAUGAUCUUUCAGCCGAAGACCAGCUGGAAGAUAGUAGCAUAGUCAAUUAUAGUCCUUUGGCCCUGCAUCAUACCCCCCCUAUUGCCCAUCUGCCGCCCACACCACCCUGCUCGCCACCCACUCUCUCCUCCUCCCCACUUGCCUCCAUUCCACUUGGGCAAGCGGAAUAUACUAUACAAUCCACAUACUUAAAAGGCCAAUCCACAAAUUGCGUUAAUCUGCUGAUGCACCAGUCCAGAAAGCACAGACGACUGCACAGACUGCGGACACCUGAUGCGACAGUGGGCUCGCCCCUCAGGAACAUGCAGCAGGAAGUAGAGAGGCAGACGGGGAGUGACUGCGAGACCCACCCACCCGCGCAACCGCCCCAGCAACAUGGAAACCCACACGUGCAGCUCCUCGCCGCCAACGCUCAUUGCGGAACGACGAACCAGUUGUGUCACCCGUCUCCGCAGUCACUGGAGGGAGGCGCCGGGGACCACCAGGAGCCCGGGGGCACAGAGGAAGACGCUCAACGACACCACCCUGGCCAGACUAGUGAGUGCGACAGCCGCCGCUUAGACGGCUCAGAAGAACCGUCUUGCCACGCCGACGUGCCUAGAGGGCCAACCAAAUACAAUACACUAGAGGGAAAAUGUGUUGGUGAAAGUGAACGUGCUAGUAAAAACGUCAUUGUAUUAGAACCCGCAGUGACCAGAGCGGAGCAAACUACCAAACAUUUAAUAGAUUUACGUACUGGCGAUGGUGGAUGCGAUGGAGAAAACCAAAGAAAAGGUCCGAGUGCUACCUCGCCCUUAAACAACUCUUUGUCAAAAGGAGGAGCGACGCCAGCAACGAACGAGUCUAAUUGUGAUAUUAGAGUGUGCGAGUCUAGGCUCGCGACCGCAGGCGGUGCUAGUGACACUGACAAUGUUUUUGAAAGUGAAUCGUGUUGUAGUGACGGUUCGUGUCGAGACCAUAUCAAUUUUGAGCACGAAGAAAACGUUUAUAAUAAUGAGCAUGAUAUAGAACAGAAAAACAGGUUACGAGAAGCGUGUAAGGACAUAGCACGUGCCCUGAACGCCCUUCCCUGCCCGAUUCCUCAGGAUGACAUGGUGGGACUCCGAGCGACGAUCCUGUCACCCACUCCUAGGCUACAAUACCGGGACCAGGAGGUGGAGGCUCACCUCUCUGACUCGGAGGAGCAGCCGGAGGUGGAGAGGCUGCAGGUGCGCGUGAGGAGUACAGGCACCAGCACGGCUUCAGAUGAUGAACGAAGGAGCAGUCUCUAUGAUAACUGCGGCAUGAACGACAGCUCGUGCGAGUGUGGCCACUGUCACGUCAGUGUCGCGGAAGAGCGCGCCAAACAGUCUGACAUGCCUCCCGUCAUCAUGGACAAGUUUACGGGCACUAAACGCCCCGAGAAGAAGCGGUACAGCUGUGGCAGUGAACACGACACCAGUGAUUACGACCAGGAGGACGAAGGCUUCAGAACAGACGCAGGGGAAGGUUGUCGUACUGACGAGUUCGAUCCGGUAACGACAUCCGACGACAACGAUUAUGACGACGAUUACUGUCAGACAGAUGAUUGUGGUGAAGAGUGUGAUUACUGCAGUGGCGACGACGCCGAAGACGAAGGGGAAGACACUUGUUAUUUCUGCAAGCACAACCAGAGUCUCAGUCCUGUGUGCAAGCAUCCCGGGGUCAUAACAAAUGGUAUUCUCAAGUCGUUCAGCGCCCGACGAUCUCAGGAAAAGGAGGCAGUACGACUACCUCGUCAGAGGUCGCUGGCCCUACAAGCGGCCAUACAGCGUCGCAGACUCACUCGUCAAGGACUAGUGGCUAUUAGGGAAUCUAGCAUCACGAGCGACGAACUUCCGGAGUCAGAGGAGGAACGCUCCAACGACGGCAGCAACUGCGAUAUAUCGAGCAGCUGGAAGUUCGGUUUGUGUCGUGACAUUGCGGCGUCUAGGGACUCCACCCUACGCAGCGUCCGCAGUGUCAGAAGCUCGUCAUCUUUACCUGUGGUUAAAGAAAGACAGAGAAAUAAAGAGAAAUCCAAUUCCCUCCCCGGAGCAAACUCUCGGUCUUUAGCGAGUGACCUGUCUGUAAGACAAACAUCGGCAGCAGCGACGCCUCAACGACAGAUCUCUACAUCAGAAGACGAAUCUGGCUCACACGGUUCCCUACCUCGUCUGCCGCCCCGUCCUCCCCGCGCCCCCCGCAUGCGGCCUCCACUAACACCCAGCCCGCCUGCGGGAGCCCCCGCCUCCCCCAGCAGCCCCCGCCCAGCGAUGGGUGUGCUGGGGCUGCAGCAGCAGAGGUCGCCGGGAACACCUCGAGCGCUGCACAUCUCAGGCCUGCCCGUGGCGCCGCGCACCGUGGCGCCACGCAGCCCCAGUAACCCUAACCCCCCAUACGGGUUCCCGGGAGCGGGCACGGCGCUCCUGUGUCCCGGCAGCCCGGGGUUAUCGGGGCGGACCACGCCUUCCCCCGGGGCCGCCGACGGGCCUCCCCCUGCGUCUCCCCGUAUCAACAGCCGGGCGGGGGCGCUGGUCACCCGCAAUUUUUCCAUCAGUGACGACGAGGGUGGCGGGCGGUGGACCGGUGGGCGGCGUCACGUGACCAUCACCCGGCACGAGAGCGUGUAUCGGGAGGUGGCGGAGAAGGGCUACCACCUGCCCCCAGGAUCACCUGUCGACCCCUACUGGCUCACCUGGAAACUUGGGGUGCUGCAAAAAACAGUGGAGGAAGUGAGUGGACGCCUUCAGGAAGCAGAGAAGACUGCCGAGUCCUGGGGACCUGUGUCCCAAGACCCUAACCUCGCUGAUCAACAUGCUCACAAUGUCAGGAAAUUCCGUGAGGGCCUGGCUGACUUACAACGGGGAGUUGAUGAUGUUAAUGAUCAAGCCGCCCGAUUUUCUGCUCACAAUGUACCUCUCACUCCAGCAAACUCUGCCAGACUUCAUGACCUCAAUAACAGAUGGAAGACAUUGGAGACAACGGUGAAUGACAGGUGGCGUCAGGUGGCCGGCCGGUCACGGGAGGUGACGCCACUCACUCCGGCCCAACUGGCAUCGUCAGUCUCUCCUCCCUGGGAGAGAGCUACCACCAGCAACAAAGUGCCUUAUUACAUCAACCAUGACCAGGAAAGUACCCACUGGGACCAUCCUAUAAUGAUGGACUUACUAGACUCGCUCACAGAGUUCAACCAUAUCAAGUUCUCAGCUUACCGUACAGCCACUAAACUUCGGAUGCUACAAAAGAAACUAGCAUUGGAUCGUGCCAAAAUGCAGAUGGCUACAGAUAUAUUUGACGAACAUGGCUUACGCGGCCAAAACGACCGUUUGAUUGACGUUGGCGACAUGGUGGUGGUACUUUCUGCUCUGUAUGCCAAUAUAUCAGCUGACCACCCUGAUGUCAACACAACUCUAGCAAUGGAUCUUUGCCUUAACUGGCUUCUGAAUGUGUAUGACAGCCAGAGAACAGGGCAAAUGAGAGUGCUCUCAUUCAAGAUUGGGCUGGUUUGUCUUUGUAGGGGUCAUCUUGAAGAAAAAUAUAGAUAUAUGUUCCGGUUGAUUGCGGACCCAAAUCGCCUUGUGGACCAGAGGAAGCUUGGUCUCUUGCUACAUGACUGUGUACAAGUACCUCGACAGCUAGGCGAGGUAGCUGCCUUCGGUGGAUCUAACAUUGAGCCAUCUGUCCGCAGUUGCUUUACUAAAGCUGGCAAGGACAGGGAAACAAUUGAGGCUGUGCAUUUCCUGACAUGGGUGCAGCAGGAACCUCAGUCACUUGUGUGGCUGGCUGUCCUGCAUCGUGUUGCUGCUUCAGAAAGCAUUCAGCAUCAGGUUAAAUGCAACAUCUGCAAAGCUUAUCCAAUUGUAGGCUUGAGAUACCGAUGUCUCAAGUGUUUGAGCUUUGACAUGUGCCAGCGGUGUUUCUUCGAUGGAAGGAGUGGCAAGAGCCACAAAAUUACACACCCCAUGCACGAGUACUGCACAGCGACUACUGCUGGCGAAGAUGUGAAAGAUUUUACGAAAGCACUCAAGAAUAAAUUCAAGUCAAAAAGAUCUCUGCAAAAGCAUACCAAGAAGGGCUAUCUACCAGUGCAAACUGUACUGGAGGGCGAUCCAUUAGAGUCACCAUCACCAUCCCCUCAGCACAACGUCACCAGCCAAGACAUGCACUCACGCCUAGAACUGUAUGCUUCUCGUCUGGCCGAGGUCGAGCUUAGAACAAACUCAAAUUCUACUCCUGACAGUGAGGACGAGCAUGGACUGAUUGCCCAAUAUUGCCAGUCGUUGAGUUCUUCUGAUGCCCCGCUACCUGUGCCACGGUCUCCAUUGCAAAUCAUGGCUGCUGUUGAUGCUGAACAGAAAGAUGAGCUGGAGCAAAUGAUCAGGGCACUUGAGGAAGAGAACAGUGUACUCCAGGCUGAAUAUGAUCGGCUGAAGUCACAGCAACCUGUGGGCUCUCCACCUGAUGAUGGUCUUGGUGGUCAGCGCUCAGAAGCGGACAUGCUGGCUGAGGCAAAGCUUCUUCGGCAGCAUAAGGGACGCCUUGAAGCUCGAAUGGGAAUCUUAGAAGAACAUAACAGGCAACUAGAAGCUCAGCUUCAUCGACUACGACAGCUAUUAGGAGAGCCUGGCGGUAUGAGUUCACCCAACAAGUCAGGAACUCUGCAAACCAAGUCUGUCACUGCUAGUCAGUUGGCCAUGGACUCUCCUGCUAAAAUCAAUGGGCACUCGACUCAAGCAGGUGCCAGCAGUGCUUACGAUGGGUUAGAUCAAAUGAGCGAGUAUGUACGGCCGCCACCCCCUCCUAUGGGAAAUGUGGCCCAUGUGGGCAACCUCUUCUCACGUGCAGGAGACCUGGGGAAGGCAGUUGGCACUCUGGUGGCCACAAUGACCCAAGAGGGGGAGAGCGACUUGCCUAGCGAUGAGGACGACUCUGAUGCUUCUGAUGCAGUGGAGUCAAAGGCUGUGUAACUGCUGAGGAAGAAGCACUUUUGGUGUAAUUGUGUAGGAUGUUUUUUUACUUGGACAAAUCUAUUUGUAUUGUUAAUAUCUGAAAAAGCUGAUGACAUGCUUGUUUCUAUUCCAUCCUCUGUUACAUCCAUAUCAGUUUUUAUACGCUCCUGGUAGAUUAUUGUGUACAUCAAGUCUUGGAGGAAAGAGAAGUUAGCAUGUCUUCUGCUCAAGCUGAUUAUGCACAACUUUAGAGAAAGAAUUAUAAUUUCAUGACUACAGAUGACCCAGUUUAUUUUGAUUUAACUAGUGGUAUAUACCUAAAUCAAAAGGAAGGUUUGGUUUUUAAGCACAGUGUGUGGUUAGACAGUUUUGUAUAGAUAUGUAUAAUAAAAAAUUCAUUUUUCAGCUUGCAUAUAAAAUGAGCAUAAGCGUUGUAGUCAUGUGUCAAUGGUGCAAAAUGAAAAAACCCUAAAUGUGAUAAGUCUCCCAGUUAAAGUGUCAUUAAGUGAAAAGUGAAACCUUUAGGUUUUUCUUUAGUGAAGGGCUGUUACAGUUCUAACAAUGUUAAAUCAGCCUUGAUACGCUGACUCAAGUGACCAUACGUGUACAUAUCAUAGUUAUAUCAAAGUCAGAUUGCUAUAGAGCUAGUUUUUAUGGACCUGUUUUCCAAUUGUUAUGCUUGUCAUUAAUUAUAUUGAUGCCUUAUUCUCUGUAUUUGUGGCCAAGAUACUACUUAGUCACAGUACGUUCUUAAGUUGCAACUAUUUGAGUUUUAAUUUAGUUUUGAAGUGGAUAAAUCAUGGUCAGGUUGUUUGCUCCCUAAUCAAUUCUUAAUAUUUGACUAUUGCUUAGAAUUAACAAAAAUAAAAGUGGCUAUGAUGUUAA